AUGAAGGAUCGAAAUAAUUCCGUAGUGAUGAAUUGGGAUGGGAUAGUGACGGACUUCCAUUAUGUUAAAGCAUAUAUCCGAUCGAUAAUGCUCAAGAAGACACUCAAAAACAUCUUAUUUGGUCAGAGCCGUGGAUUCAAUGACGACAAAGCAGCGGAGAUCGACAUGCAGAAUUGUAUCCGGGACGAGCGCAAUGAGUGUCGGGAUACAAUUUAG